AUGGCGCUUUCCCAAACAUCUGCUCAAGCCCUCGCCCGCCUACGCACAUACAACCCUCCCCCAACGCAAUGGCAUAACUGCCCCCUGACCCGACGCGCCGCUGUCCUGAUCCUCCUCUUCCCCGACCGCCAUGGCGCGCUCAAAGUCGUCCUCACCAUGCGCAGCGCAAAGCUAAACAGCUACGCCGGGCAGGCCGCUUUCCCCGGGGGCAAAGCCGACACGCUCGACGAAUCCCCCUGGGCUGUGGCGCGGCGUGAAGCGUGGGAGGAAAUUGGCCUACCUUUGGAUGACGAGAAACUGAAGAAGGGCGGGUUUAAAGUCGAACAACUUUGUGAACUGCCUGCGAAUCUGGCGAAGACGGAAUUAGGUGUUCGACCUUGUGUUGCGUACUUGAGUCCGUUGGACGAGCAGGGAGGGUUGGAGGUUGAAGAACGACUGAUUCCGCGGCUGGAUCCCAAGGAGGUUGCGGCGGUGUUCACUGCGCCAUUUCAUUCUUUCCUACGGAAGACUUGGGAAGGCGAGGGACCGGGGCCAGUGCAGCCCAACGGGAAGCUGGAGAAAUGGUACAGAGGCGCAUGGACUGACUGGAAUGAGUCUCGCUGGCGCAUGCAUAAUUUUUACGUACCCAAACCACCCACCUCGCCCUCCACCUUACUCCAAACCCCGAAGAGAGAUGUAGAUUUGGAAACGCCACCGGAAGCGAGUGAUGAGCGCGCCGAGCCGAAUCCGCUCGAUAAACUCACGUCAUUUAGGGUGUGGGGCAUGACGGCAAGGAUUGUGGUGGAUGCGGCGAGGAUUGCGUAUGGGGAGGAGCCCGAGUUUGAACAUAAUAACCAUCAUGGGGAUGAGGAGAUGAUUGAGAGGUUGUUGAGGAUGGGGAGGCUGAGUGAGGAGAGGAAGAAAGGGGAUGUUUUGACGAAGGAGGUACUCAAGGAGGCGAGUAAGAUAUGA